GAUCCUCCGGUUGGACUAGAAUAUGUCAUGGAAGGAGCUAUCGGAUUAACCCUCCAAAUUUCUGAAUAUCCAGGAUAUAUGCAAUACGUCAAUAACCAAACUACAGAAACUAAUCCGAAUCCAUGGUAUUCAGAAUUCCUCCAUCAAUAUUACCCAAACUGCACAGCCGGAAACUGUGAGCGAAUUAAUAACACUGGUAUCCCGUAUAUCAUCAGCGUCCGGGAUGCUGUUUACGAAUUUGGAAAUGCCAUUCUAAACAUUCAUUCAGAUAUGUGUCUGAAUGAAACUGGUGUACGUAAAGAAAUUAAAGAAAAGUUAACAGGAGAUCUGUUGUUAGAAUAUCUCUAGAA